AGGGAGAGCGGAGAUCGAGAGCAAAGAGCGAGAGCGAGGGAGAGCAGAGGGAGGGAGGAGAGAAAGACACACGCAAGCACAGGCACCCUGGCACUGGAAUUCCAUUAGAAAAAAGUGAGUGAGUCGAGCAAGGGUUAGCGGGAGAAGAAAAAUUUUUUUUGAUUCUUUUUCUUCGUCUUGGUGCCAAAGAAGCGACUCUGGUUUCCCAUCCUAGAAGCUCCUACUGGAUUGCUCCUUAUCCGUCGGUGGAUUUCUUUCCUAUUUGCAUUUAUUCUGACCCCCUUCCUCGCUGCUUUCUUCCAGCCCUUCACUUUCAGAUCUCCUCAUCCCCACCUCUCCAGUCCCCUCCUGGGAAGUGCAGGGGAAUUGGACCCGCGGGGACUCACGCCUUCCCGGACGCGCGAAGGGCUGGGCUGACCUCGGGACCAGUCUGUUGGCUUAGAAGGCAGCCAGACACAUAGCUACGUGUGUUUGAUUUCAGUGGCAAGGGGGACGUCGAGAGGCAGCCCACCGCCCGCCUCCCACCCCACCCCCUGCAACCAGCAGCGAGAACCCCAGGACUCGGGAUCUUCAGCCGGCUCGGGAUCUCCGCAUUGGAUUUGGGGGUCAUUAUCAUUGCUUGGCGGUUAUUAUUAUCGUUGUUAUUUUAUUUUUAUUUUUUUAAACCUAAGGGAGAAAGACACGCACACACAAAACUGUGGGAUUUAUUUAACAUGAUCUUGGCAAACGCCUUCUGCCUCUUCUUCUUUUUAGACGAAACCCUCCGCUCUUUGGCCAGCCCUUCCUCCCUGCAGGGCUCUGAGCUCCACGGCUGGCGCCCCCCAGUGGACUGUGUCCGGGCCAAUGAGCUGUGUGCGGCUGAAUCCAACUGCAGCUCCAGGUACCGCACCCUUCGGCAGUGCCUGGCGGGCCGGGAUCGCAAUACCAUGCUGGCCAAUAAGGAGUGCCAGGCGGCCCUGGAGGUCUUGCAGGAAAGCCCGCUGUAUGACUGCCGUUGCAAGCGGGGCAUGAAGAAGGAGCUGCAGUGUCUGCAGAUCUACUGGAGCAUCCAUCUGGGGCUGACCGAGGGUGAGGAGUUCUAUGAAGCUUCCCCCUAUGAACCCGUGACCUCGCGCCUCUCCGACAUCUUCAGGCUUGCUUCAAUCUUCUCAGGGACAGGGGCAGACCCGGUGGUCAGUGCCAAGAGCAAUCACUGCCUGGAUGCUGCCAAGGCCUGCAACCUGAACGACAACUGCAAGAAGCUUCGCUCCUCCUACAUCUCCAUCUGCAACCGCGAGAUCUCGUCCACUGAACGCUGCAACCGCCGGAAGUGCCACAAGGCCCUGCGCCAGUUCUUUGACCGCGUGCCCAGCGAGUAUACCUACCGCAUGCUCUUCUGCUCCUGUCAGGACCAGGCAUGCGCUGAGCGCCGCCGGCAGACCAUUCUGCCCAGCUGCUCCUACGAGGACAAGGAGAAGCCGAACUGCCUGGACCUGCGUACCCUGUGCCGUAUAGACCACCUAUGCCGGUCCCGCCUGGCAGACUUCCACGCCAACUGUCGAGCCUCCUACCGGACACUCACCAGCUGCCCUGCGGACAACUACCAGGCGUGUCUGGGCUCCUAUGCUGGCAUGAUUGGGAAUGCCAUUCAGGCCUUUGGCAAUGGCACAGAUGUGAACAUGUCUCCCAAAGGCCCCUCAUUCCCAGCUACCCAGGCUCCGCGGGUGGAGAAGGUUCCUUCCUUGCCAGAUGAUCUCAGUGACAGCACCAGCCUGGGGACCAGUGUCAUCACCACCUGCACGUCUAUCCAGGAGCAAGGGCUGAAGGCCAACAACUCCAAAGAGUUAAGCAUGUGUUUCACAGAGCUCACGACAAACAUCAGUCCAGGGAGCAAAAAGGUGAUCAAACUUUACUCAGGCUCCAGCAGGGGAAGACUGUCGGCUGCCUGGAUGGCAUUCCCACUUCUGAUGCUGACCGUGGCCUUGUAGGCCUUUGGAGCCCAGCACAAAAGUUCUUCAAGCAACCCAGAUGUGACUCCCGCCUGAUGAAAUGGAAACACACACACACACACACACACACCUUGCAAAAAAAAAAAGUUUUUUUUUUUUCCUACAUUGUCUUUGAACCUUUCUCUGUCCAAGUUUCUUCUCUGGAGAAGUUUUUCUAAACCAAACAGACAAGCAGGCAGGCAGCCUGAAGCCUGCCCAGAGGUCCCCUGCAAGGGCCACCCAGCACCACCAAGGAGGGCUCAAGGCUCUGCGAUGACUCUUUUCUCUUCACUGAUGUUUUCUCUCGGGACCAUACGACGGCCUGCUGUGGGAGGGACUUCGCUGUGCCUGGUGUGAACUGGAGAAAGGACAAUUGGCGCUGUCUCUUGAGGUGCCUACUAUGGGGACCGACCCCCCCAGGGACCAGCAGAGCGCGUUGGUCAGCGAGGAAGCAGGGCUGGCCGUAAGGACCUUGUCACCUCUUCCUCUUGACUUCGAAGAUGGAGAUGGUUCGCCGCCACCCCCAGCGCUUAGGUGGCCUAGUGGGUCUCAGUCUGGAGUGGGAACUCCCAUGGCUGCUCCAGGCCGAUGGUGCCUGUAGCACAGAUGGGGUUAGGAGCUGUUACAGGAGGAAGCUCCUCCAGGGAAGGAGCAAGCCUUGGUUGGGCACCAGCUCCAAGAUGCUCCUUCCUCUUUCCUGCCAGGAAUCCUGAAGUCAAAGAGAAACGAUCCUCUGUUGGCUUUUUUUUUUUUUGGAUUUUUUUUUUUGUGGGUCCAUUUGGUGGAUCUCACUUGGGGAGAAAGGCUGUUGAGUGGGGGCUAGGGACACCCUAGCUGGACAUGUGUCCGUAACACUCUGGUGGGGUCCCAAGCUUGCCCUUUCUCUCUUCUCCUCUUUUCCAUUUUCUCUUUCCUUAUUUCUGAGGCAUUCAUCUACCGUCUGUACAUACUGGGCCUCCUUUCUCUACAUAUGUGUAUAUCCAUAUACAUAUAGCCUGUGAUUUCCUCUUUCUUUCAUUUUUUUAAGAAGCAAAACUAUGGAAAUAAUACCCUACAGAUGAGCAAAAAUGUAUUAUUGUAAAGUUUAUUUUUUUUAAUAAUGUUGUCUAUGAUGGGAAGAAAGGUACCAGGCCCCCUGAGCUCUGGUCCAGUUGGGCUGAUGGGGCUGUGGCCGGGCACUCCUGAUUGCAUUCACUCUUAACCAAGCUCCAAUAAAUGUACUAGGAAGCGAGUUGCCUUCUGACUCAC